AUAAUGAUUGUAUUAGGUCAUCCCAUAAGUUCGUGCCGACUUUUGUGUAUACAUUUCAUGUGUCGAUUUAUAAACAUACGGCGAUAAGGGACCAAUGCACUUAAGCUUAGCUGAUCGAGAAUAGGCUAGAGUAGAUUUUCGUGGGUAUAAGAUCGUAAUAUAGUGAACACAGUGACUUCUAACAGUAAAAAAUCAUGAGUGAAAUGCGUAUCCAUUUUCGACAUCUCAUGUUAUAUGAAUUUCGGAAAGGAAGUUCUGUAACAAUUGCCACGAAAAACAUAUGUGCUGUUUACGGAGAAAAUGCGCUUUCAUCUCGCACCUGUAGGAAGUGGUUCCAACGUUUUAGAGCUGGGAAUUUCUGUUUAGAAGACGAGGAACGCUCCGGGCGUCCUCCUCAGAUAGACGAAGAUAAAAUUCAGGAUCUUGUUGAAAAAUCACGAAGUUUGACAGUUCAAGAGAUGUCAAAUGUUCUGAAAAUACCUAAGACAACGAUUCAUAGGUGUUUAAAAAAAAUGGGGAUGGUGUCAAAGUUGAACGUUUGGGUGCCCCAUGAACUUACGGAACGGAACCGUCUUGAACGAACGACAGCGUGCAUGUCAUUACUUGCGCGUAAUAAACAUGAGCCAUUCCUUAAACGCCUGGUAACUGGUGAUGAAAAGUGGAUACUUUACGAAAACCCUGAACGGAAACGUAGCUGGUCCCAACGAAAUCAGCCAUCUCAACGCUGCUCAAAACCAGGGUUACAUCCACGUAAAGUUCUUUUGUGUGUAUGGUGGGAUUAUAAAGGAAUACUCUAUUUUGAACUUUUAUCUAGUAGUGAUACCAUUAAUUCAGACAAAUAUUGCACUCAGAAAAAUUAAGGGAAGCACUAGCUGAAAAACAACCAGGUUUAGUGAAUAGGAACAACGUUAUCUUCCAUCACGAUAACGCUAUUGUCGCGAAAAGCGUUACAAAAAAAUUGUCUGAAUUUAAUUGGGAAAUUUUACCACAUCCCCAUAUUCCCCAGACAUUGCCCCAUCUGACUACCACCUGUUCAGAGCAUUACAACACUUUUUAGCCGGUAAAAAAUUUGAAAAUAUUGACAUUCUCAAAAAUAGCUUAGAAAAUUAUUUUAAAGAAAAACAAGAGAACUUUUAUCAAGACGGAAUAAUGGCCCUACCAGAACAAUGGGAAAAAGUUGUACAACGAGAGGGGGAUUACAUUUUUUUAUGAAACUGAAAGGUAUAUAAACAAUCUUAACAUAUAUAUCCGCUCGAAAAACGGCACGAACUUAUGGGAUGACCUAAUAUGUACAAGAUUAUCCACUUAACUUUCAAGUUUCGACCCACGCUCGCCAGAACAUAUAAGAAUGGCAACAGCGUAACAUAAAAGCUUAUGACAUAGUCAAAUGUAGCACACCAUCUAUGAGCGGUAGCUAAAAGUACAAUUAAACGAAAACACAGAGCGAUUUGGGUGUCACCGAAGGACUUUAAAUUUGACAUCGCAAUAAGGAGAAAACGAUUUUCGCAGCCAACUUUGUUCCUAUAUGUAACUUAACUUUUUUUUUUAUUAAUAACUGAUAUCUUGGAUUAUGCUUACCUGAAAUCCUAUUACAACGUAAUUUUUUUUUAUUUAAAAUUAUAUUCAACUAUCAAAGUUAUUAGCAAAUUACAAUGAAAUGGUUCACAAUCUUACAAACAUCGAGGCCCUUUUUCUAUUUCAUCAUUUUCUUCUACAUCGUACUUCAAAAUUUGUUAACUACCACUUUCUAGAAAUUGACCGCUAUUACCUGAUAUUGAUCUGAAUACAUCGAACGUAAGAAUAAGGAACAAGGAGAGCAAUUGAGAUACAAGACACCUCCCAGACUAAAUGUCUAAAUAUGAAUCCUGUGAAGUAUUUUGUUAUAUCUUAAUUGCCUUCUUAUUCUUACAUUCAACGCAUUCAAACAAUCGUGUUCCGAAUUUCACAAUUUCUGAAGAAUCAAUUUUUUCAGUGAUUCUAGGAGCAUCCGAAAAAGAGCUUUCCGUUAAACCUGAGGAAAAUCCUCACCCGAGAAUGCACUUAGAACGAGGAGCACUUAGGAUUUCCACAACGGCGAAAAUUUAUUUAUUUUCUUUAUUUUUUGUUAAUAAAUUGCUAUAUUCUGACAUUUCUAACCCUGCUUUAUAUGAGUCAUCGUUCAAAAAUAUAGUAAACAAUUAAUUGUCAUUCUUAUACUUGCGUAUCUCGGGUAGAAUAAUAGAUAUGAACUUUUUCAUAGAACCAUACAAUUAAAUAGGUACUUGUAGCGUAGAAUUUAAUAUGUUCAUAUCUAUACUAGUGUGUAACCAAACAGAGCAAAUCCCUAACAUUAAGUUUAAAUACAUAGAUUCUCAUAUAUGCUAAGGUUCAACCAAACAGGGCAGAUCCCUACCUUUAUAGGUUCUUGUACAUGCUAAUUUCAAUUUAAACUCAGCACUUGGCCGCAUGGUGGAGCACCUGUACUGUGAAACAACUAAAACUACGGGCGUGAGCACUCUCAUUUCCUCCCUGAUAGUAUACAUAAUCAGCUAUAACCUGAGAACAUUUUAUAAGUAAGAACAACAAUACAUUAAAUAAUAAAUAUUUAUUUAAAAAUUAACAUGCGAGCAACAACUGAUGAUGAUCCAUAUGCUCAUGUAGCAAAAGGACCAUUGAAACUAAAAAAUGAUCAAAAUGUGAUUAAAAA